AGGACGAGCUAUUUCGGAGUCGAAUUUAUAGGAGUCUAAACAUCCAAACUUUAAAGAGAUGAUUUCUCUUUCUUUGAAACUUGGUUUGAUUUACUUUAUUUUGGCAUUCACGUGCGGGUGUUUGUGGUGCCUCUCAGCUGCCCACGAGAGGAAAACACCUGAACAGAGGAGACAACUAGUCCUUCCGUCAGUCACCUGCUCUGGACGACAUUUAAAAGCUGUGUUUGGUCCCCUGGUCAGAAGGAAUAUUCACGUUACAGACCUAACAGGGGCCCUGAUCCCGGUGCCUCGAUCUGAGGGGUCAUGUGGAGUGAAACGGGGUCCACACAAGAACCAGACCGUCUUCUUUAUCAGCCGAUAUGCCAGCUGUUAUACUCAGGUUCAGGGCAGUGAAGUGGUCAUCCCUCUGCAUGUCCAGUUAAAAGGAGAAGAUAGAUGGUUCAGAGUUAAUAUCAGUUGUCCUCUGAUAAAAAGACUCAUACAGAGGACUCGACUAAUGCCCACAUCUUACCCUGGAAACUGUGAUAUGCAGAGAGCUCUCCGAGUGGACUGUGGUCACCCAGACAUUUCUAGUGAGUCCUGCUACAAACUCAAAUGCUGCUAUGAUCCUGGUGACUUGACCUGCUACUACAAACUCAAUUCUUGCUCUCUGGAUGGACACGUUGUAUUCUCUGUGAAGGCAACAGACACAGAUCCGCCUGUCGACCCCAGCAGGUUGAUAGUAAAGGAUCGACCACAGUGUUCUCCGGUUCUCACCACCUCAGACACAGCUGUCUUUAAAAUUGGAGACAUGGACUGUGGUGCCAGGAUGAAGGUAGAUGGAAAUGUGAUGAUCUAUGAAAUGGAGGUGGAGGAACAUCCCACUCAAAGUACCACCAAACAUUCUUCACUUAGUCUCCAGGUUGAGUGUGAAUACAACCGAUCAGAUUUACAGCAUGAAGCAGACAUAUGGUCCUUCUAUGCCGUGACCAAUCCACCUCCUGCAGUUGCCUUGGGAACCAUCAGAGUGCAGAUGAGAAUAGCCACAGAUGCAUCUUUCACAUCCUUCUUUUCUGAGGACCAGCUUCCUGUGACUUUACCCCUGCGUGAAGUUGCUUUUGUGGAGGUUUCCAUAGCCCAGCCGUCCCCAGACCCCACACUUUCCUUGCGUGUUCGGGACUGCUUCGCCUACCCAGCAUCAAAACAUUCUGUGUGGACACUUCUUUAUGAUGGAUGCCCAAACCUUCUGGAUAACAUGAGAAGCUCUGUACCUGUGGACAACCAAGGGAAGACCAACUUCCACUCACAAAUCAGAAGGUUUGAUGUUAAGAUCUUCACCUUUUUGGAUCCUCAUACAGGCCACCCAAGUGAGGAGGAAAUGUAUUUCUACUGUUUGGUGGAAAUCUGCACACAAGAUGUUGACUGUGCACAGAAGUGCUCCAUUCUUUCAUCUGAGGGUGAGAGACAAAGAAGAGAAGCUGUGCCUCCAUCUGGUUACAUCCAGCUGAUCUCCUUAGGACCACUUCUGCUCAGACAGAAUGACACCAACCCAGAGGACCAUCCAUGUGAGAAAUUCAAGAAAAUGUUUUGGAUCACAGUGUACAUUCUCUCCGGUGUUGGUGCUGCCUUGGUGCUGAUCCUGCUGUUUAUCAUGUGUAAAAACAUCAGAAAGUCCCAGAAUGCAGAAGAACAGCAAGGUCUGGAGAGUCAAAGUGACAAUGAACAAUAAAUCUCAAUAAAACAUUUCACCUUCA